GGAGAUUUCUUUGAAAUGCCUUUUCAACUGAAGACUCCUUUGCAGUAAGAUGUGCAAUGUGAGCUCGGGUUAACUUGAAAGGUGGAAGGAUGACUGCAUUAAUAGGCAGUGGAAGUGGGCUCUUUGGGCCCCAGUGGCCCUUUGAUGACAUCCCAAAAGCCGUAACCAGGAAGGUUAAAGGAGGUAAUAUUGACGUGCACCCAUCAGAAAAGGCACUUAUUGUUCAAUAUGAAGUGGAAGCUACCAUUCUUGGAGAAAUGGGGGAUCCCAUGCUGGGAGAACGGAAGGAAUGUCAAAAAAUAAUUCGCCUGAAGAGUCUCAAUGCUAACACUGAUAUCACUUCCUUGGCUCGGAAAGUGGUUGAAGAAUGUAAACUCAUUCAUCCCUCAAAACUAAAUGAGGUGGAACAGCUGUUAUACUACUUACAGAACCGGCGUGAUGCCUUGUCAGGGAAAGAAAAAAAAGAAAAAUCCAGCAAGCCUAAAGAUCCACCUCCUUUUGAAGGAAUGGAGAUUGAUGAAGUGGCUAACAUUAAUGAUAUGGAUGAGUACAUUGAAUUGUUGUAUGAAGAUAUUCCUGACAAGGUGCGCGGUUCUGCCUUGAUUCUGCAGCUUGCUCGGAACCCUGAUAACUUGGAAGAACUACUGCUCAAUGAAACUGCCCUUGGUGCAUUAGCCAGAGUACUGAGAGAAGACUGGAAGCAAAGUGUAGAACUGGCUACUAACAUAAUAUAUAUUUUCUUCUGCUUUUCCAGUUUUUCUCAAUUUCAUGGCCUAAUCACUCACUAUAAAAUUGGAGCUCUGUGUAUGAACAUAAUUGAUCAUGAGUUGAAGAGACAUGAACUGUGGCAAGAGGAACUUUCUAAGAAGAAGAAAGCUGUUGAAGAAGACCCUGAAAAUCAAACCAUGAAAAAAGAUUAUGAAAAAACCUACAAGAAGUACCAAGGUUUGGUCGUAAAGCAGGAGCAGCUUUUAAGAGUUGCUCUAUAUUUGCUCUUGAACCUUGCUGAAGAUACUCGGACUGAGCUGAAAAUGAGGAAUAAGAACAUAGUUCAUAUGCUAGUGAAGGCACUAGAUCGAGAUAACUUUGAACUCCUAAUUCUGGUGGUAUCUUUCUUAAAGAAGCUUAGCAUUUUUAUGGAAAACAAAAAUGAUAUGGUAGAAAUGGACAUCGUUGAAAAAUUAGUGAAAAUGGUACCUUGUGAACAUGAAGAUCUCCUAAAUAUCACCUUAAGACUUUUGUUAAAUCUAUCCUUUGAUACAGGACUGAGGAACAAGAUGGUACAAGUUGGAUUACUUCCCAAACUCACUGCACUUUUGGGAAAUGAAAAUUACAAGCAAAUAGCAAUGUGUGUUCUCUACCAUAUAAGCAUGGAUGAUCGAUUUAAAUCAAUGUUUGCAUAUACUGAUUGUAUACCACAGCUAAUGAAAAUGCUCUUUGAGUGCUCUGAUGAACGAAUUGACCUAGAGCUCAUCUCCUUCUGCAUCAACCUUGCUGCUAACAAGAGGAAUGUACAACUUAUUUGUGAAGGAAAUGGAUUGAAGAUGCUCAUGAAGAGAGCUCUAAAAUUCAAGGAUCCACUGCUGAUGAAGAUGAUUAGGAACAUUUCACAGCAUGAUGGACCAACUAAAAAUUUGUUUAUUGAUUAUGUUGGUGAUCUUGCAGCACAGAUCUCUAAUGAUGAAGAAGAAGAAUUUGUGAUAGAAUGUUUGGGGACCCUAGCAAAUCUGACUAUCCCUGAUUUGGACUGGGAGCUAGUUCUCAAAGAGUACAAGUUGGCUCCAUACCUCAAAGAUAAACUUAAACCAGGUGCUGCAGAAGAUGAUCUUGUUUUAGAAGUGGUUAUAAUGAUUGGAACUGUGUCUAUGGAUGAUUCUUGUGCUGCAUUGCUAGCCAAAUCAGGGAUCAUUCCAGCACUCAUUGAAUUGCUGAAUGCUCAACAAGAAGAUGAUGAGUUUGUGUGUCAGAUAAUCUAUGUCUUCUAUCAGAUGGUUUUCCAUCAAGCUACUAGAGAUGUCAUCAUCAAGGAAACACAGGCUCCAGCUUAUCUUAUAGACCUAAUGCAUGACAAAAAUAAUGAGAUCCGCAAAGUUUGUGAUAAUACAUUAGAUAUCAUAGCGGAAUAUGAUGAAGAGUGGGCUAAGAAAAUUCAAAGUGAGAAGUUCCGCUGGCAUAAUUCUCAGUGGCUUGAGAUGGUUGAGAGUCGUCAGAUGGAUGAAAGUGAACAGUACUUAUAUGGAGAUGAUCGAAUUGAACCAUAUAUCCAUGAAGCAGACAUCCUUGAAAGACCUGACCUGUUCUACAGUUCAGAUGGAUUGAUUGCUCCUGAAGGUGCUAUGAGUCCUGAUUUCUUCAACGAUUAUCACCUUCAGAAUGGAGAUUUAGUGGGGCAGCAUGCCUUUGCUGGAAGUCUUGGAGUAGAUGGCUUUGGUCAGCCAGUUGGCAUUCUUGGACGCCCUGCCACAGCUUAUGGAUUUCGCCCCGAUGAACCUUACUACUAUGGCUAUGGAUCUCGCUAGUCAUCCCUGCCCCGAUUCCUUUUUGAUGUGUCCUCCCAACUUGCUAGAAAACAGUAUGUGUUUAGCUGACUUUGACCUUGGCCUGGUAAUGCAUGUUGAUACCACCGCAGGUCUGUGUGAUGUUUCCUUUUUUAUAUGUUGUUAGCUGAUGGUUAAAUCCAACUCUUUCUUCUUGUGUUAGUGUUGCUGGUGGUGAUAUAGUUCACACAUCAGGCUACAUUAUGAGGUUGUACAGUAUUUGCCAUGGGACUUGAAAGUGAAUGUUAAAAAGCUACUGGACUGGAAAGUAAACACUACAUUAUGUAUAUUAAGCAAUUAAUUUAAUUUCUAUUAAAAACAAGAAGCUCACAGUGCUGAUAAACAAGCCAAAGUCAUGUGUUUGUAUUUAAUGCAUUUCAUUUGAAAUCACACGCUUAUGUAAUUUAUAUAUGAUUUUUCUUUCCUUUCCUUCCCUGUUAAUUUCCCUUAUAUCACAUUCAGAUUCACAAAAAGAGAUGGUCACUCUUCCAUACCAUGCAUGCAGAGAAACCACUUUCCCAGAGUUGGCUACUUCAAUAUUAGGAAGGAAUCAAUGGGACAAAUUUGCAGUUUUCAGACUCUUUUCUUUUGGGGUUUUCUCUUGGAUUUUUUUUGUUGUUUUUAAAUUCAAACAUUUGCCCCUCUCCAGUCCUAUAGCACCGCAACGUGGUGUGUCAUUUAUGUUCACUUGUCCCAGCCUCUUUCUUGUUCAGUGGCAAUUCGUGUGUUGGAAGAGUUUCUUGGUUUUAAAUUCUCUUCGUUUCCUCUAGUCCAAAAGGCCCAGACUAUGCAGUUUAGACUCAGUGUGGCCCCAUCUCGCCUAUUUCAUCUAGCUUAUGCAGCACUUGAUUAUAAGACCCACUUGAAUUGAAGCAAGGGAACAUAAUCUUUAAUUUAUUAUAGUUUUUCUUUACUGGCUUGUCUUUUAAGCUGGGAACCUCAGAUUUAGAUUUGGAAAAAGGGAAGAACCACAUUGUGAGUUAGGGUAGGACUGAACCAGUAGCCAACAGGAAGCACUGGAAGGUUUCCAAAGUGCUUUCCAUGCACAGUCUGAUUUAACCCUCAUAAUAACCCUAUAAGGUAGGUCCCAUAGGGGUUAUUGCCCCCAUUUUAUAAAUAAGGAAACUGAAAGCCAGAGAAGUGACUUGUCAUAGCUAACAGGAUUGGAAUCAGCUCUUUUGUCUCCAAGUCCAGCUCUAAACAUGUAAAAUAAGCAAUUAUGUAUUGAUCAUCUUGAUUCACUUAAACUCUGAUGACAUGGUAUCUAUAAGGUGACAUCAGGACACGACACUUAACACUGGGAAAUUCAUUCAAGUCUAGCAGACCCUCUGCAGCUUUUUCUCUAGCCAUUAGACCUUGGAGCAGACUGAGUUGGGAGCUCAAAUUUUGUGUACUAUUGCCACCACCUUUCUUUUGCUUGUAUUCCUCUCCUUUCUAAUGUUCUUUGGAAAAGAAGGCACCUAUUUCUGUCUUUUUCCCUUUGCUUCCUUUAUCCAGUUUAUCUCUGAAAUAAAUGCAAAACACCUUUUUAAGGUU